UUGCUUCGUCAGUCUCUCUCCGCUAGAGCAGCAGACAGGUAGUGCCAGUAAGACCAGGUACGCUAAGAAAUCUCCUUUUAUCGAGCUCAGACAUGUCCAGGCUGGAAGUCACCGAGAUGUUUCAAGGAAUCAAAUAUCCUGGACACCUGCACACCCAGGAGUCUUUGCAGCGUGCUCUAACCUUGCCUUUUCAGGACACCGACAUCCUCAUUGUCUCCUACCCAAAGUCAGGCACCACGUGGAUGCAGCAAAUCGUAACGCUUAUCUCCAACAAAGGAGAGCCACACGUGUCCCAAACGGUGCCGAACUGGGCUCUGGCUCCCUGGCUGGAGCAUCAUUAUGCUGACCAGCUUAUCCAGACCUUAAAACCACCUCGAGUUCUCACCACACACCUGCCUCAUCACAUGCUAGGCCACGCCCUCCGCACUUCCAAAGCCAAGGUCAUUUACGUCAGCAGAAACCCAAAAGAUACUGCGGUGUCUUUUUACCACUUCCACAAACUGGCCAACUUCCUACCUGACGCUGGCUCCCUUCAAGAGUUUUUAGACCAGUUUCUGGAGGGCACAGUGCACUUUGGCUCCUGGUUUGAUCACGUUAAAGGAUGGACGAGCGAGUUGGGAAAGACCCCAAACCUGCUUCAUGUCACCUAUGAAGAGAUGUCAAUGGACCUCCACGGUGCCAUCAAGAAGGUGAGCACUUUCCUCCAGCGCCCCCUAGCGGAGGACGAGGUCCUUAGCUGUGUGAGACACUGCAGCUUCAGCAGCAUGAAGGAGAACAAGAUGAGCAACUACACCCUGGUUCCUGGUGAGAUCAUGGACCACAGCAAAGGAGCCUUCAUGAGGAGAGGCAAGGUUGGGGACUGGAAGAACUUUUUCACUCAGGAUCACAAUCAACACUUUGAUGAGGUUCUGCAGGAGAAGAUGCACGGUUGCUCUGUUGAGUUUGUAUGGGAAGAAGCGGAUCCAAAGGAGCGUCUUUGAGAGACAUGAAAUGAUUCUAUUCUUUAUUCAGUAAACAUGUAAUCACUCUAUCACCCUUCAUUCAUUAUGUUAAUCCAAUAUGUAUUAUGGCAGAAAAGGGAUGCAAAAAAAGCAUGAAUAUGAUGACCCUUAGUGGUGGGAUGAGUACACUACAGGGGUACCUCAAUUUAGGAGAGUUCUGAGAUUAGAGCUAAUUGUUAUACUUUAAGUCAGUCAGGGGUUCUUAACAUUUUUGACCUCGGGGCCCAACUUUUACACUAUAGAGAAGUCCGGGGCCCAUUCAAGUAUUAAAGUACCAGUAGCAUGGAAAAACAAGUUGCCUCUAUAUUGAAGCUAUUACCAUAUAUAACUGAUUUAUGACACCAAAAGACUUACAAAGUUUGCGGAUAAAUCAAUAUGAUCGAAAAUAGUAUCAAUCUCACGGAGAUUCCCGAGCCAUUUUGAGAGAAAACGUUGCGUGAGGAAACACAGAUCCCUUCCCCAUCAACAACAAAGCGAAUCAAGCAGACUUUGUGAGAGCCAACAACGAUUACUUUGGGAAAAUUAUGAUUCAGGACUUUAUAUUUUUGAGCCGGAAUACAAAGAGGAUGAGCAAUAACCUUUAGAAGCCAAGUGCUAAACGGAUGCAGCUUUAUUGUGACACUAUAGCAUUAGCAGCAUUGCUAGGUGCUAAACAUACUAACUAACCAUAUUAAACAUCAAUAAAACAAGCACUUGCUGUAAUAUUUCCGCUCUCGCUGGGAUGUCGACCGACAGGACGCUCACAUAAUUCCGUUUUGUUGAAGAAACAGUCACAAUCCUCUCGAAGGGUUAAAAAAAAAAUUCUGCCGGAAGCGUCUUUUUCACCACCUGGGGGACGUGAAAGUGGACCAGCCUGUCGGUCCAUGGCCACAUUUGUCUACUACCAAGUGAAAUAUGCAUGAAUUAUGAUCUAGAAUUUACUUUUAGCAAGUUUGAGACAAAGCAAAAGCAGCUGCCGGCUCAGUGUAAGCUAGCAUUAGCUCACUGCUAUCAAUGUGCCGCCACUAGGCCUACUCAGUGGCCUAGUGGCCGAGUCAUACCAAAGACUAUAUAAAUGGGACCCAUUACCUCCCUGUUUGGCACUCAAGGGUUGGAAUUGGGGGUUAAAUCACCAAAAAUGAUUCCUGGGCGCGGCCACCGCUGCUGCCCGCUGCUGCCCGCUGCUCCCCUCACCUCCCAGGGGGUGAACAAGGGGAUGGGUCAAAUGCAGAGGACACAUUUCACCACACCUAGUGUGUGGGUGACAAUCAUUGGUACUUUAACUUUAAUUAAAAUAGUCCGUCUGCGUUAGCGCUUAUAAUAACAAUAUCACUCAUAUUUGGUUAAUUUUCAGGUCACGACAUGUAAGUGGAGUAUUGUUGGCAGUCUCUGGAUGUUUUUAGAGAGAGUGUAAAAAGCACAAAUGUUAACUCAAUUGUUGGCUAUUUACAAUUUAGAAAGCAUACAAAAGCCAAGCAUGUGUGUUCUUGUCUGAUAAACAGCACAUCUCUUUCCAAUGUUGGCAUAUUUCCAGUAUAACUGGUCUGAUAACAUUGUCAGAAUGCAAACGUAGAUCUACAGUGACGUAGAACCUAAGAAAAUUGCUGAAGAUAUCGGAGUGGAGCCUUCAAAACGGCCAACUGAAUUUAUGACUAUUUUGUGAUGUUUAAACAGUGUUUUCACAUACUUUGAGGAUUGUAAAUACAAUUGAAUAUGGUUUAAUGGAUAUAAUGAAACACAAAUAAGCAUAUAAAGUCAACUUUUUUUCCCACUCUACUGCUACUUUAACACUGAAUUAGUAGUCUCUCGAUUUUAAUCGCAUUCAGAAUAUCUUACAUUUAAACCUUGUGACAUGAUAUGAAAGCAUGUGUUAGUCACAAAGAUUAUUAUCAAGGCUUAGUUCAGGCUGAUUAUAAAGAUUAAUACUAAUCAAAUAUAAUGCAUAAGAAGGGACUCAUAAAAAUCUGACGAAAAAUAAAUUCACAUUUAAUUAUGUUGCGGCAAAAUAUUUUUACCAAAUAAAUAAUGAAUAUGUUUCUUAACUAAACUGUCAAUAAAAAUUAAGUGCAAAUGAAAAUACAGCUUUACCACUUUAGUCAUAAUUUUUUGCGCUUAAGAAACUUCUCUAUGACUUUAGCUCCAGACUUUUUCUGUUUGUUUGGUGUUGUCAUUACUGCCACAAGUGGUGGGAAACUGUAUUACAACUCAGUACCACUGCGGCCCAUAUGGACCACAUCUGUUUUGGAGGCCCUCUAGGGGGCGCUCACGGGCCAACAUUGGGCCCUAUGGUUAAGAAACAUUGUUUUCAGUUACAAGUCAAAAUUUGAGUUACAAGCAUCCCCGCCAUUAGUUGGCAUAACGAAUAUCACAGUGAACCCUGUAAGAACCGCCCAAAACAUCCGGUCUUACUCGCUAGCAUGAGCUUAUAGCGAUGGAUCGACAUAACUUUGUUUUCCAACCGUUGGAAGGAAGAAAGUUUGUGGGAAGUAGUGCUGAGAAGAAGUGGAUAAUAUUCAUUGCAUUAAUUAAAUAAAUAAUCCAAAACCUGACGUGUAGCCAACUUGGCGAGAAAAUUUGAGCAUAUAACUACUAGACUGCACCAUGCUGAAGCAGAAAGAGUCUUAACGCCAGCCAAGAAUGUUAAAACAAUAUCUAAACGACAUGCAUUUAUCCAAGUAAACAUGGAUAAGCUGCUGAUGGUGUGUUUGACGGAGAAGCAGCUGCAGCACCUCUCCAAGGUAAAUACUAGGGGUGUCAAAAAAUGUAUUUUUUUUUUAAUGAAUCGUGAUUCUUAUUUGUAACAAUUCUUGAUUGAUCCAAAAAAAUCAAAAAUCGAUUAAAAAAAGAACAACAAUUUUGUUUGUUUUUUUCUCAAAAAUCUUUCCUGUCCAGCUAUUUUUGUAAAUGUUUGGGUAGAAUUUCACUAAACAAAACCAGUUUUCUUUCGAGUAGAAAAAUGGAGCAAUGUAGUUGAUCAUUGAGCUGGCACACAAGGUUAUUAAAAAAGUAUUGAUUUUGAAUCGAGAAUUGAUUCUGAAUCGAAUCGUUACCCCUAAGAAUCGAAUCGAAUCGUGUAAAGAUUCACCUCCCUCGUAAAUACUGUGCAUUAUCAUUACAUUACUUCAUAAAACUACUGCAGUUGUUCGUAGUACUAAUUCUCUUUUAUACAAUAUUAUCUUAAAGUUAGUUUUUUCCUUUUAAAAGGCACGACGUUACAUGGUAUAAUAUAGCUGCUUUUUUUUUUAAAGGGAGUUUCUUUAUUGUGAGUAAAAGAGUGGUUAAGUCCAUUUUGUGUUGAGCUGUUCAAAAAAAGCAUUGGCAAAAAGUAAACAAACUAUCCAGGUCCAUGUUGAUACUAUUAAAAACUUUACAAUGACACAUAUUACAGACAAAAAUAAACGUAUUAAAGAUGAAAAAAAAAACGUAUUUCUGUGUGUGGUUAAUCAUAAUGAACUACAAGUUAACUAAGGACAAAAUAAGAUGAAUCGCAAUAAAUAAUUUUUUAUCGUUUGACAGCACACAGCCCUUUAUUUGGGCUAUGUGCAAUGCCCCACAACUAAGUCUAUAAUUCCGAUUAAUUUUUUUGCAAGUAUCUGGCCUUUCAGAUCUCCUUUAAUUAACUGACUGAGUCUGUGGGGGUUCUCUGUGUUUACUUGUUAAUAUUACUAUUUGAAAGCACGGUUGCACCAACCCGCUAUGGACUAGAUGGAAAUCCACCCGGCUAAAACCUGACAUGUUUACGUGCUAUGUAUACAGUAUGUUCAAUAUACGUGUAGUCCCUAUUUAAAAAUAAAGAAGAAAACAAUUCCGGGAAGACAGGAGCUUGAGAUGAACAAAGUCCAGCUCCCUGGGAAGGUGAACUUAAGUUUGGAUGCAGUGUACACCACACAUAAUAAAAGAAACUUCCAGAAAGGUAUAAAACCUAUUGUGAGCGUUUCAACAGAGACAUCCGAAAGCUUGCAUUGAGGUGAGGACAAAAGGACCAUAACGCAUAUUAGUUUUUAAAAAUCUAAAUUCACAUUGUUGUCUCGUUAGUGCGACCACGCUGGACUGUGAUCAUUGAACUAUUUGAUAGACAAUACAUUAGGGUUGUAUGGUAUACCUGUAUUAGUAUAGUACCGCGAUACUAAUGAAUCAUAUUCGGUACUAUACCCCCCCGCCCCCCCUUUUUUUUAACGGGUAUGACGGCGCGUCGUUUUACAAGCAGAGGAGCAUGUUCGGCAGCGCACAAUCACGGAGUACUUACCAGCAGACACAGUGUGUAGACAGAAAAGGGAGAACGGACGCAUUUUGGCUUAAAAACUGACGAUAAAGGUGAAGUUAUAACACUGAAACGCCCUCAGGAAGAGGUGCUUUAAGACAUGGCUAGCUAGAUAGCAGCUAAAAUCCAUCCGCAGUCUGCAUUGUUUUAGCUACUUCUAAAUCACUAAUCCUUGCCUCCAUGGCGACAAACAAGGUAAGUUUCUACAAGUAUCAUCCCUGCAGGACGAGGAAUAGCUAAACAUGCUUCACUACCCACCGUAGCCCACCGGCGUCAUCAGGUUCCUGAAUGCCGUGGGUGGAGCUACACCUAACAUCCACUGUAAUGAUACCAAGUACAGGAGCGUAUCUAGUCGAUACUACUAUGAUUAAAUCUAUAUUUUUUAGCAUCACAAAAUCUUUUUUCGUUUUUUU